CCUUUAUGAUGUAGGGCUGCCCCAGCCCUGUGCACAGACAGCUCGGCAGGCUGCAGCGCUCCGCACUCCCUCGCCAGCCCGGCUCCGCCGCUGGAUCGCGCUCUCCGGCCGCCCCGCAGGACCCAGGCAGCUGCCAGCAUGUCCGAGAUCCUCCCCUACAGCGAGGAGAAGGUGGCCCGCUACGGCACCGACUCCGAAGUCAGCGAGAUCUCCUUCAGCUGCCGGCUCCAGGACACCAACUCCUUCUUCGGGGGCAACCAGGCCAAGCGGCCCCCCAAGCUGGGGCAGAUCGGCAGGGCCAAGAGAGUGGUGAUCGAAGAUGAUAGAAUAGACGAGGUGCUGAAGGGGAUGACAGACAAGUCGCCCUCUGGGGUAUAAGCUGGCACAGGAGGCGCCUGCACUGAGCUGCAGACUCUGAUCACUGAUUUAAGCACUUUUGGCCGUGCAUGUUUGUCGGACUGUGGUCAACGAGGAAAGCAAAGGAAGGAGAUGAGGCUGCUGGCGACACCUUCCACCCCCAACCCAGACCCCAGCCCGAGGCGGUAACGGAUGGGGCCAUCUCACCCUCCUCAGCAUCCAACCGAGAGCAAUGGGACAAAGGGAUUUGGCCAUCCAGUCCUGUCCAGAUUUCCAGGGCGCCAUGCCCACGUUUGUCAGCACCACCUCCUGCCCUCACAACCCCCCUCCCUUCAGAAUGGAGAAGCCGGCUGCUGAGGCGCUAUCCAGGGCCAGCGCCACUUCCAGCGCCCUCCCGGGGAGCUCUCCAUUCCAGCGCCACUUCCAGCGCGCUCCCAGGGAACUGUCCAUUCCAGCGCGCUCCCGGGGAACUGUCCAUUCCAGCGCCACUUCCAGCGCCCUCCCGGGGAGCUCUCCAUUCCAGCGCCACUUCCAGCGCGCUCCCGGGGAACUGUCCAUUCCAGCGCCACUUCCAGCGCGCUCCCGGGGAACUGUCCAUUUCAGCGCCCACCCGGGGAGCUCUCCAUUCCAGCGCCACUUCCAGCGCGCUCCCAGGGAACUGUCCAUUCCAGCGCCACUUCCAGCGCGCUCCCGGGGAACUAUCCAUUUCAGCGCCCACCCGGGGAACUAUCCAUUCCAGCGCGCUCCCGGAGAGCUGUCCAUUCCAACGCCACUUCCAGCGCGCU